AUGGAGACGUUACAAAAGUCUCUGGAAGGAUUGAGUCUUGAAGAGAAGGUUGCAAAAUUGCUAAAACGAGUUGUCGAAAGUGAGGAUCAAAAUGCAAAGCUGAAGGAGAAAGCUUCACAGGUAGAUAAGCUGACGAAAGCAAAUACUGCGCUUGAAAAGAAGCUUGAGAAGGCGAACCAGAUUUUGUUAAAAACAGAAGAUGCUAAGGGAAAGCUAGAAGAACUGUGUCGCGAGUUGCAGAAAAUGAAUAAGCAGAUCCGAGAAGAUAGCUUAAAUAAAGUACGAUUGCUCGAACAUGAAAGGCAACAGGCUGUUGAACAGCUACGGACAGCUCUAAAAGUGAGUAAUACGUCUUAAGA